ACGAGUUUCAGACUAGCAACAUGGCAGAGUCAUUUAAUAGUGUGCUCAAGGGUAUACGUGCCAUGCCAGUCAAUGCCAUUGUAUCUUUUACCUUUUAUAGACUAGUGGCCUGGUUCAACGAUAGACAUGCUCAAGCAUUGCAAUUACAGAGUAAUAAUAUAAAAUGGGCACCUAGAGCUAAGAAGCACCUUGACAAGGCAAAGGAAAGGGCUAGAACACAUGACAUAGAGUGUUUUGACCAUGCCACUGGCAAGUACCAGGUCACUGAAAGGGGUGGUACAACGUCAGAUGGUGAGAUCCGACCAUCAAGGAGUUAUAUUGUUGUCCUGACUGAUUUUUCAUGUGGAUGUGGGAGACCAAGACAGUACCACUCUCCUUGUUCUCACUAUAUUGCAGCAGCUAGGCAUCGCAACUUUGACUACGAGACCAAGAUACCAUGGGAGUUGAGUGUUGAUAGCCUUGUGCUAACUUGGUCGCCCCGUUUUGAGCCUUUCCUAGAUGAGGGGCAGUGGCCAGAAUACAUUGGCCCAAGGUACAUUGCAGAUCCAGGUGCUCGCUGGAACAAACGUGGAACCAGAAAGCGUACGAGGCAUAAGAUGGUCAUGGACCAGAUUUCAGGUAGAACGAGGCGAGGGAGAGCAACCCCGUUUGUUACUGACCCCGAGCAAAAUCAAUGUGGCAAAUGUGGUAGACUUGGACACAACUCGCGUACUUGCCAUUGGCCGCUAAGUCAGGAUGGAGCAGUUCCACCUCCUGGAUCCAUACUACGAGGUGAAGCACCGAGGACGACUCACUGCCGAGGGGGCGGAACUACCCCCGCUUCGACCUCGAACGCAUGACAAGUUCGAGGAGAUGCGGUAUGACGACAGGUACACACCUCUGCUGCAGAGGGCUGGCCUGGAUGUCAUAUCGUAUCAGGUUCGUCGUGGGUUGCCUCCAAUUAACCCCGCGGCGAUCACAGCUUUGGUUGACAGGUGGAGGCCAGAAACUCAUAGUUUCCACCUACCUUGUGGAGAGAUGACUGUUACACUCCAGGAUACUCAGAAGAUCCUGGGUUUGAGUGUUAGAGGUCGUCCAGUUAUCGGACACUGCAGGCCCGAUGGUUGGAGGGCCAGAGUUGAGGCCUUCCUUGGAAGACCACUUCCUCCGGAGGCACCGACGCAGCGCACCACUGGGGUACCAAUUGCUUGGCUUAGGCAGAGCUUUGGUAAUUGUCCGGCACAUGCGGACCAGGAGACAGUUGCCUACUACUGUAGAGCUUGGAUCUUGCACCUAUUUGGGUGUGUUCUUUUCCCUGACGCGACAGGGGACACUGCAUCGUGGAUGUACCUCCCGUGCCUCACUGACUGGGACACCACAGGUACUUACAGCUGGGCUUCGGGAGUGCUGGCUUACCUAUACCGUAGCCUUUGUGAGGCGUGUCGUCGGACCGCAAGUAGUUCUUCCGUUGGUGGUUGUGUUUACCUACUGCAGCUUUGGAUGUGGGCUCGUCUUCCAGUUGGACGGCCCAUAGUUGACGCUCCUCGGGAAUGGUUUGCAGUGGGCAACCCUCGUCACCGUCCGACGUUUGCCCAUCUUUGGGACCAGGCGAAAGUCGCCUUCAGCAGGACUUCACGUGCGUACGUACAGUAUGCCAAUGAGCUCGACACGCUUAGACCCUCCAUGGUUAAUUGGGAGCCGUACACGGCGAAUGAUGCGCUGCAUCUUGGAGUAAGCAGCAUGUGUAGCGAGGAUGAAGACUUGUACUUGAUGAUCUGCCCUCUGAUUUGCUUCUAUGCUGUUGAGUGGCACCUUCCAAAUCGAGUAGCCCGCCAAUUUGGCUUGUGCCAGCAAUGGCCUGUCCCUCCAUUUGAUACUUCCGUGGAGCUGCACAAGAUUGAUCGUCAGAAGCAAAAGAAGACAGUUGAGUUUGAAACGUUGCAUCGUCAGUACAUAGAGGUGUGGGACCAGUUUCAUGACAACCUCUACGAAAAUGAGCAACCACAUACCAACUACAAUUUUCGUGCAUACCUUACUUGGUACCUAGGUGUUACACGAACAAGGUUGAAAAUUCAGUGGACCCAAGCAGAUUAUGCGUACCUUGAAUCAUCUGAGGAUGAGGACACUUCCUAUGACCUAGCAGCACGACAAGGGACACUUAUCGAGGCAGCACCUGUCUUGGACCGAGUGGGCAACGCAAUAAAGCAAUCUGUACUUGACAUCGAACGGUUUCCAAGAACAGGUGUGGACGAGCACACACUAAACAACUUUCUUGGAAGACUAGCACGUAGGCUUAGGCGUGCUGCAGCUCGGUGCGGUUGCGGUACUAGUGUUGCGAUGAAUGUGCAUGUGCCACAGGAACGACAAUGCAACACACCUGUUGUGCAUGGUACAUCUUCUUUGGGAGGAUCUGGAGGACAGAGCUCGUCUCGGCCAACUAUGGACACUUUUCAAAGCGAUGAUGAUGAGGACGAAGAGGGGGUGGCCGAGGAGCGUGACUAUGACGAGCUUGGGUUAUCUCAGCUUCCUGAUGCUCCUUCUACUCAGCCUACGCAGGUUGCAAGAAGGCGACGUCGUUCGCCUUGUAGGUACACUCCAGGCACCGAUGCUCUUGGCCACAAGGGUAAGGGUAAGACUAGGAGGCAGUGA